AUGAGAAGCUUCUGGGACGACCACGACACGAAACUCGGAUUUGUGGUGACGGCCGUGUGCCUGAGGGAGCUAGUCGCAUUGCCGAUAACGUACCUCCACUACAACGGCCUUGCUGUUGUGGCGAUCAAGUUUAUCCACCAGAUCUUGCUGUGCGCCUUGUUGUUCCUGGUCCACAACAUGUCCGAGAAUCAAAUGUCCCGAAUGUCUCUCCGCCACCGCGUGUGUUACGCCCUGCUGGUUGAGAACUGUGUGGCCUACAACAUGACCUGGAACUACGUCCAGACCUCCACGCUCCUCGGCGCGCUGCUCGUCCAGGACUUCGGCGUCGGACCGGACACCGUGUCGACCCUGCUCAUGGUUCUACUCGCCAUCUGCGUCCUGGCCACCGUCUCCGUCGAGCUUGUCUUCCUGAAUAAGCUGCGGUGGACCACGGCUGGGCACUUCCCCAUACAAAUGUGGGUUUAUUAUCUAUAUCAGGGGUCAGUCCUAGACGGCAGAAUGGUGUGUGUCCUGCUCGUUACAAAUGCACUGCUGGUGAUCAUAAAGUUUACUCCAGAAAAAUGUAAAUAUCACAGGUGUGUCGUAGAAAGGAUAGAAGAAGACGAUAGUGAUGAAAACCUUUUGGUUGAGGUCUAG